AAAUCAUGUUAUGUGCUCCUAACUUUUUAAAGUGGAGAGCACCAGUGCUACCAAUUUAAAAAGUUUAUUUUGAGCCCUGAAUUAAAUACAGUACUCUAGCCUACACAGGAAAACAUGAAUGCUUCUGCUUUUAGAAGCUUAUUCAGUGAGUUGUUGCAGUGUUCAGUUUAUAACAUGUCAUGAAUAUUACUCACUAUAAUAUGUAUUUGCUUGAACUGAAUCACACACAGGGCCUAUCGUUGGCUAUAACUUGGGCAAAGUUUAUUAUGAGAGUGGCCUUGGCUUUAUCUGUUGAGGGUGUGUCUUUCUUUCCAUGUCAUAAAAUGUGUGGUGUGUUGUGAGCAACUUAAACGGAAGGCCUCGAGCCUUGGAGACCGGAAGGAAGAUGGCUCCAGCAUGGCCGGACAGAAUGGCGAUGCUAGCUAGAUACAACUAGAGGACGAGAAGGAUGACAGUUUCUGGAGUGGAAGAAUAUUGAAUCUGAUGGAAGACUGUGAUAAAGGAAAAUGGAACAAAAGGGGCUAAAGUUGUAAAUGAGCAUAGGUUUUUGGGUGGAGUACGAUUCACUAACAAUAAUGCUUUUUUUUGGGAGAUCCAUUUUGAAGUAUCAAGGAUGGUAAAGGAUGCAUUAGGAAAGGUGGAGUUGGUCAGAGAGACCAGAAGUGGUUUUGUUUUAAUUUCUUGUGUGCCGAAAGAGCAGAAGGAAAAGGCAUUAAGGCUCUACAAACUAUCGACAAAUGAAGUGGAGAGUUUCGAUUUUUGGAGCAGAGCACCGUUAAAAGGUGUAAUCUCUCAUGUCGCAUUGGAUUUUGAGGCCUUGUGGUUUGAAGGAACAUAUCAGGAGGAGUUGGAGCACGCUGUCUGAAUCGUGCAGUGGAUGGAAAAAGAUGGGAAAGCAUGUUGGUAUUGUUGAUGUUUGAUGAAGAGUGUCUCCCUUCACAUGUGAAGCUGGGAUAUGUGAGAUAUGCAGUGAGUGCUUUCAUGUCCAAGCCGUGUUUUGCCGGAAUUGCAAAAGGUAUGGCCGCGUAUCAAGUGUGUGUCGAAGGAAUGAAGAAUCUGAGGAUGUACGGUGUUGCAAUUGUGUUGGAAAUCACAUUCCCAAUUCCCCGGAGCGCCCGGUUAGGGUAAAGGAGUUUGAACUGGCAAGGGUCAGGGCUGUACAGCAGGUCUCCUAAAAGGAGGGAUGCAAAAUAGGAGCUAGUGAAACUGAAGAUAUGGCAGUGGAUGCCCCGCAGCCUGUGGAGAUUCAGUGUUGUUCCACAGUUGAGGUAAACUGAUAUGCUGAUCGUGAAGAUGGAUUUUGUGACAUUUAUUGCACGUGAUUAAUUGUACUGCCUAAACCAACAAGAAGUCCAUGAAACUGUCCAUAAUUGUAUUUACAACUGAAAAGUUAUUGGGUCUCCAGGACUUCACAGCCGAAACAUUGCAAGGAAUACUGUCCGAAUAUGCUCUUCCUUUUCAGGUCCCAGAGCCUACAGGGCUCGGAGUUGACGUUUGAAUUUGACUGAAGAAGUACAUUGAUUUUUGCUUUUGUUUCUUUGUCUUUUGUUAAUUAUUUGGGAACAAUAUUAGUAUACAUUUUUUUAAAUCUCGUAUACUAACUUGUACAGUGGGUGACAGCAUGCACCUCUAACGUAUGUUUGCGGACCGCCAUAAUACCAUAGAAGAAGUAGUGCAACUUAAACACUCCAUGUUCAGUGAGCAAGUAUUUUGACAUGUGCUUCCUCUAUAACAUUAACCACAUGCUCUUACCUCACCAUAUUGCACACACAGCAAACAGAUAAGCCGCAUUGACAUCCCUUCCACACCCAGAUACAGAUACAGUAGAUAUCACACUAAGACUCUUGUUCCCAGCCUAACAAGCAAGGAGAAGCAUCAUUGGUUUGGCAUCACACAACCAGGCUAUACACUUUGAUAUAACAAACAGGUUAUUGGCAGACACUUGACUGAUGAUAUGGAAUAUUCAAACAUUUUGAUCAACAUUUUCCUACAAUUGUCAUUUAUCAUUGGCAACAAUGAGUGGAGCACGUGACUCGUGUUACUUUGUAGCACAGUGAGAAUUGUUUCAAAUUGGAAACAUCUCGGAAGGUGUGACUUGUGCGCUGCUACUACCAUUUACAGAAUGGGUCAAACGCGUUCUGGUCUCUCGUACUGGAAACCAACUGAGACAGCCAAACGAGUCCCUAUCUGCAUAUUUACCCGUGAGGGGCGAAGGGGUGACCGGUUUUACAGGAAUCUGAUGAAAACGAAGCAGUUGCCUUCGCCAGGCACAGGUCAACUGGAGGUAGGGCUUGUAAUCGGAUCUGGAGAUUCGGAAACCCUUCGUGGUCACGGGCGAGGAAAGUUGUUGAGAGGACAGACAGAGUCGGAGGUAGUGGACUACACCACCCCGGUCGCCGAAUACCCAUCUCGAAUUCAGUAUGAAAAGAUUCAGGCUCUCGACAGUGACGCUGUGAGCAAGGGAGCGGCCGAUUCUUCCUUCGAUGCGACAGGCUUGGAUACGCUGGCCAGAGGAUUCGAAAGAACCCGCUGCGUAGUUACGCAGCGCAGCAGCCCAGAAACAACUGGGGAGGAUCAUGUCUGGAAUGCCCCGGCUUGGGCCAUGGAAAACAAGCCAUUCGGAUUUGAUGAACAGGGUGGGGUUGCCUCCGAGGUCAGGGCGAUAUCGGGGGCUGUACCAUCGGAUGGUUCAGUCCAUUGGCGCAUAUCUGGAGAGGAGAAUUUAAAACUGACCCUGGCAUCACUGAGCUUGCGUUUGGACGAGCCUCUGACAAGUGGCGUGUCAGAACCGAUAGGGUAUGAUAUACCACACACAGAGUUAGAAAUGACCAAAUCUAACUUUCUCACUGCUUCUUGUGAGCCCGAAGCUGUCAGGAAAAAUGAACAAAGCGGUUGUUCCAUUGAGUCGGGGAACCAGGAGGACUCCUCGACUAACUCUCCAAAACAGCCACACGGACAGGUCAAAAGUCCACUAGGUAGCCAACGUUUCCCUGGUACUAUCCCAAAGCUUAUUAUAACCAGAGAUCCAAGCCCCAGUCUGACUCAGGAAACACUAGACCCAAGGACCAUGGAACUCGGAGUCGGUGGAUCAUCCCUAGAUCCAAACGCCGAUGAUGAGUCCCCCUGUUCGGACAGUGGCUGUGGAGGAUCCCCGGCGCUAAUGCGCUUUCGCCGAAAGCUCUCCAACUCGUCCUCCGCCGGCUGCGUAUCCUCCGCCUCGUCGUUUGAGGAGUCCGAGGAUGACUUCACCGGCAGCGACAUCGAGUCCAGCCUGUCCCCAGUCAUUUGCAACAUGCUGGGCAGUCCAGACGAAGGAAUGGGGACCAAGCAGUGGCAGAAGCUGAAAACUAUGGUGCACUGGUCUCCCUUCGUGUCCUUUAACAAGCGCUAUCCCUGGGUGCAGCUCGCUGGGCAUGCAGGUAACUUCCAUGCGGGGGAGUAUGGGCGUUUGUUGAAGCGCUACAGUGAGUGUGAGCAGCUGUGCCUGUUGAAGCUGAUGGGGGACAUUCUGCGGCCCUAUGUCCCUGGCUACUACGGCGUGGUGCAGAGGGACGAACAGGACUACAACCUAAUGGACGACCUCCUGGCUGACUUUGACUCUCCCUCCAUCAUGGAUUGCAAGAUGGGCAGCAGGACUUACCUGGAGGAGGAGCUCCUGAAGGCCAGGGAGCGUCCACGGCUCCGCAGGGACAUGUAUGAGAAGAUGGUGGCCGUGGACCCUGGGGCCCCUACGGCUCAGGAGAGGGCCCAACAAGGCAUCCUGAAGCCCAGAUACAUGCAGUGGAGAGAGACCCUCAGCUCCACUGCCACCCUGGGCUUCCGCAUCGAGGGCAUCAAGAGAGCGGAUGGGACAUGCAACACCAACUUUAAGAAGACCAAACACCGGGACCAGGUCAUGCAGGCCCUGGGAGACUUUGUUGAUGGGAACAUUCAGAUCCUGAAAGUCUACCUGCAACGUCUGGAGGAGCUGCGAUCUGUGCUGGAAAAAUCACAGUUCUUCAGAACACAUGAGGUGGUGGGAAGCUCCCUGCUGUUUGUGCACAAUGCGUCAGGCCAGGCCCGUGUGUGGAUGAUAGACUUUGGGAAAACGGUGCCCCUGCCUGCCCCCCUCACCUUGGACCACCGGACCCCCUGGAUCGAGGGCAACUGCGAGGAUGGCUACCUGUGGGGUCUGGACAACCUCAUAGACAUUCUCAGUACCAUGCUCCCCCCCAGCCGCUGAGAAAGAGCGGGCCGUGUGAGAGAGAACAAAGGGAUGGCCUGGAAGAGAGAGGAGGAGGAUGGAGAGGACACUCAUUCUAGUCAAAGAUGGAGAAUGAAAGUGGGGAAGAACAAAUGGCACUGGUCAUUACCCAAACUAGAUGUGAGACUGGUGAGAUGGAAAGGAAAGAAGGAUGACAGUGAAAGAGGCAAACGGAGGAGCACACAGAACAUGGUGGACACUCUUUUAGCCAGAGUGAGGAAACCUGUCCACACAACUAGCGGUGCCAUCCCCCAUCCACUUCUCUCAUUAUAAGAGCUAUGACGUCAACUAUCACUGCAGCAUGCACACACAGACACACUACUCUUCCUUCAUAUUAUCACAAGUAUGAUGAUAAUAUACUGAACUUUUCCAAUGGGAUAUAUCCUCAAGUGACCAAUGGAGAACAUUUUAUUUUCAUUAUGGACCACUUGACUUUAAUGCUUUUUAAACUAUUUUAUAUAUUUGUCAACACUAGAAACACUGGGGAAAAAAAGGUAUAUGUAAACUUUAUCUGGUCCUUUUAAUGUAAAUGCAGUUUAAUUUCAUCUGUUUGCCUUCACGAGUAGCCUCUUUACACUUUGUACUUUUUCUGUGCCUAGAUGUGGGAUUGGAGGCAGAAUAUUUUUUUAUAUAUCAUUCCAAAGUUUGCUGGAGAGUUGACCCAAAGUCUGUAACAUUAUUUUUUUGUAAGUUGGAUUGACACCUGGUGAAAACUGGAGGCUGUUGAUAGGCUCUCAGUCUGACCCCGUGUGGUGUCUGAUUUGGCAGAGUUGACCCAGCAGAUAAACUAACAGUGGUUCCCAACCAGGGUUACUAGGACCCCUGGGGGUACUUGGUCGAUCCACAGGGGGUACUUGAGAAUAUUAAUGAGACCAUAGGCUUACUGGUAAAAAGUACAUGAGGAGUUACUUCAGGGGUACUCUGGGCAGAGAGAAAUUCAGCUGUUGCUAUAGUAACCGCAAAUGAUUGGGAACCACUGGACUAAUGGAUCUGAUUCAUAUUUUUUCUUUAUUUUCUCUCCUAGUGGGCACAUGACUUGGUGGUCAUGGCUAACUAGACUGUAUUGCACAAAUGGGUUCCUCACAAAAGCCAUUGAACAAAGCUAGCCCUGCCUCUGUCUCUGAAUAUGGAUUCACUCUGGUGUCCCAGGUUCUUAUAAGCAAACCAUUUUCUGGUGAAUGGAAGUUGAUCAAUCUGCAUAGUUGUGACCAUUUAUUCCUUCAGUUCAGUUCAUACAUUUUUCUGGAAUGGGUAACGAUUGGCCUGACAACUGAAAUUACUAUUUGAACAAGUCACCUGAAACUGGAAUGAAUGAACUACUGUUUGUUAUGACACGUUCAUCCACACAUCAGACUUGUCACUGGAUUUGUAGAUCUGUCAGCCAACAUUCCCAUCCAAGUCUUCCUACAUAUCCUUAAACAGUUAGAUACUGUUUGUGUAUUUAUGGUGUGUGUGUGCAGAUUUCUAUGUCUAGAAAAUGGAGGUGCUCUGUGUGUGACUUGUCAGCAUUGACAUCAUGGAACUGGAAUUGUGUUUCUACUGUUGACAUCUCACACCAUAAAAACACAUUCUGGAACAAUGUAUUGUUUACAAAGUAUUAUAUCUUAUGUACCAUGUAUCCUCUUCAUCUUAACCUGACAGUUACUGGCUUUCAGACUGUUUGGGUUGUUUGUGUGUGGCUGAGAGCUGGACUGUAAUAGGGUAGGGGGUUGGGAAAGCCUAAGAUUUUAUAUAGUUUGGAUAAGCCUUUCCUCUGUGCUGUACUUCAGGAGACAGUGCAUUGCAAGAUGCUGGGGGACACAAAUACGAAUUUUCAGAGGAUUGAGACUGGUCCCUGCUCUCUUUGACUAGAAUACCAUUGAUUGCAAUAAACUGGAACUAAGAGCUCAAGUCUUUCUAAUCUGAAA